GCCCACCCGCGCACAUCGCUGUCAACGACCUCGACAUCCGUCAAUCACACCUUUACCUCUACCUGCGCUGCGAACAACGACGAAACCAUGCCGCGGCCCAAGCGGACCAAAGUCGCGUCCACACGCGUCGCUCAGUCGCAAGCACCCACCGCCGUCGCAACUCGGCGCAACCCACCACGCCAUGCACCCCUAGAGCCCGUCCAAAUUAGCGGAGACGGUGACGGCCUAGUCAUCGCCGCAACCAGACCCCGUAGGAGAAACCCGUGGGAUCUCCCCGAAGAGCCCGAUGUCGAUUACACCAUGACUGGCGGCCUGGGCGAAGGCGAUGUCGCGGGAGCGCACAAGCUCAUGCCAGAUCCUUACGAAGCGAAAUCAGCGGCGGAAGCGAAGGCGAAGCGUGCAGCUAAGAAGGUCACGCCGGAAAAGAAGCAUGCCAAUGCGAUUGAGGCGCUGAAGAAGAAGCGGAAUGAGGCCGCGGAGGCGAAGGCGAAGAAAGCGCGCAAGGACCCGUUCCCAGAAGUUGUUGUCCAUUCACGAAGGAGUAGCGGAGGUCAGGCCACUGAGCUAUCGAGUGAGAAUAAUGAAGAGCCGACAUCUGCGCAGAAGCCGGCCCCGUCACCAACUCCAAGUCCCUCGCCUGCGAAGGGGGCAUACCCAGCCUCAGCGCUCAAAGCGCAGGGAACUCCGGCUAUGGAGACGUCGAUGAUGGCAUUGACGAACUUUAAGAGGAGGUCGCGACAGCCCAGUAUUCUGCGUAUGGUCCAGCAGCCCAGUUCCGACAACAACGACAGCGAUGUCGAUCUGAAUUUCUUGGACGACUUCAAUCCGGAUGAUGAGUCAACGCCAGUCCACGUACACAAGCGAACGGGAGGAGAAGAGGCAGGCCAGGAGAGCACCUUGCGAUCGACCAGCACUGGACAAUCCUCAGGCUCCAAGAAGCGCAAAGCUCCAUCUCCAGAAGUCCAGGUCCUAGCAUCAUCUCCACCCGCGCCAUCCUCACCUCCUGCGGACUUCCCACAAUCUAGCCCUCUCUCACGCCUUGCAACACCUUCCGAGCACAUUCUAGAAACCCAAGAGAAUCAGCCCUCAGUUUCUCUACCCCAAGCACCUGAAGAAGUCUGGAGCUCAACCAUGGCGCCCCCGUUAUCCAGCAGCCCCGAGCCAUCCAGCCCCUCCAAGCAACCCGAAGAGCGUCAUUCUAAACGCCGCAAAACCAAUGAGUUUGACGACCUCUACGAUGUCACGCCCCGCGCCUCCGACGACGAAGCCGAAGUUGCUCCCUCUGCCAAGCCAAAGAUACCCGUGAAGGCGAAGAAACCCACCCGCGCACCCACCCUCUCAACCGCAAAGCUCCAAGCCCUCCUCCCCCGCCGCCGCCAGCGUCCUCGCCGGGCUGCUGAGAAGGAAGACGAGUUCGAUAUCCCCUCCUCCGAUUCCCUGGACACCCACAUGCUCGACUCGGACCAAGACGAGCUCUCCAUCGUCGCACCGCGCCGCAGGGUAACCAAGACGCCCGCCCGUGGUCAACCAGCCAAGGCCGCGAAGUCACUUGCGCAGCUCAGCGCUAAGAAGAAACCUGCCGAGACGAAGGCGAAGAGGGGUCGGCCGCGGAAGGACGUUAAGACCGCUGGUGUGACAACGGCGGCGGCGGCACCUACGCGGACGUACGGGCGUAGGCAUUCUGAUAAGGAGAACGAGAACGAGGACAGUGUCUGGGUGGCUGGUGAGACGGAGGAUGAGCUAAAUCAAGAGGGCGAGACGACGAUCGAGGAGGUGCUGAUGAGUCGUGAGCUGCGGGAGCAGGCGGAGAAGUUCCGGAAGAUUGACGAGGUCAGCCUUGAGUUUGAGAGUGUGGAUCAUGGAAGUUCGAGUCCGUGGCGAUGAGCGGGAUGGGUGGACACUGCGACGAACGGUAUUCUAAAAUUGGGGAAGUUGAAGAGCUUUCAAAUGUCUUGAGGUUUCUUGAUGUGGAUGCGGUAUCAGCUUGGCUAGGCUACGAGGAGCGGUAUGGAUGCUGCGACUGAUUGUUUUCUAAAAAUUGGAGAAGGCGAGGUGUUCUUGAGUUACAUGCGAUGUUGGCUUGGCUAGGCUAUGAUGAGCGGAUUCAGCGUCUCAUUGAUGGAGUACAUGGUAUGGCACGGCACG